CUUACAGCAGGACAAUCAGGAGGGAAAGGAUGGUUCGUUAGGAAAGGGGCUGAAGCCUGAGGCGGGAAAAUAGAGAAGCAAAAGAAGCACUAAAGUCUUCAAGAGGCCUCCAGAAAGUGCCAACAUGAACCCAGUACGAAAAGACAUGGAGCUGCUGAGUAACAGCAUGGCUACUUACGCCCAUAUAAAAGCGAACAUGGAGAGCUUUGCGCUGUACUUCAUGAUGGGCGUAUGUUCAGGUCUUCUCCUGGCGCUGGUGCUCCUCAUACUGGGAAUCACCUGUCGACCGCAUCCAAAGACAAAAGCACCCUCCACACCUGACAAGAAAAGACUGAAAGACUCCAGCGAGGAUGAUGAUGAGGAAGACGACAACCAAGAGGAGGAACUCGAAGGAGAUGAAGAGGAUCUAGAAGUGCCAGUGGUCACUGCGAGUCCCAUGAGUGAUCAGACUCAACUGAACGGCACUAUCAAGAGCGUGAACGUGUUCGCUUCAGCAGAGGAGCUGGAGAGAGCCAGAAGACUGGAGGAGAGAGAGCGGAUAGUCAGGGAGAUCUGGAGGAAUGGACAGCCGGAUAUACUGAGCACAGGCACACUGGGAAGAGUUCACUAUCACUAGAGUGUUAUCUUCUGGAUGAUUUAUGCACAAGGAGCCACUUUUAAGACAGGAGGUGUUAAACUCAGCUCCUGCAGGGCCGUUUCCUGCAGUUUGAGGGAUAGUUUGUCCAACAACACACCUUCUAGUGGUUCCAAACCUUUAUGAGUUUCUCUCUUGAAUACAAAAGUAGCUUAAAGAAAGCUGUAAACAUUGACAUCCAUAGAAGGAAGGUUUAACAGAAGACAGAAACUGAUAAAGGUUUGAAACAAGUGAAGAGUAAAGGAUGACAAUUUUCAGAUGUAGGUGAACUAUCCCUCUAACAGUAAUGCAUGCGAUCCAGCUGAUCAGUUUUAAAGAGCGCUAAAAGAAAGGAGGGUGUGCUAAAUGCUGAACUCUGAGAACAUAUCAAGCCCCGCUCCUGAAAAGCCAUUGUCCUUUAAAACAAGCAUGUCCAGUUCUGCUCCUGGAGGGCCAGAAUCCUGCAGCUUCAAGUAAUGAGCUCCAAUGGCAUGGGACGAUAACCGUUUUUGAGGUAUACUGUGGUUUGGAAAAGUCAAGGUUUUAAAACCGCCAAAAUGUUCUGUAACACCGUUUCUGAGGUAUGUGCAUUGUCAGUUUUUUUAGGGCCGCAGUAGCUCCAGCAGAAAAGAUCUCCAAAGAUGCCGUUUUAAAUUGUUAAGAAAUCUGUGUUUUUGAAACUAAUGAAGACAAAGAAGUCAAUGAUUUAUUUUCAUCAUUCAGCCUCACUUUUACUGCUCUAAAAUAUUUUCAAAGUUUUAAAAAAAUAAAAUAUAUUGUGUUCAAAAGGGAAAAAAAGUUUUUGUUUUUACCUAGACAUUUAAAACGAACAUAUUUUAGAGCAGUAAUCACAAUAACGUGAUAUUUUUAUCCAAGGGUAUCACACCGUCAGAAUCUUAUACCGGCCCAUGUCUACCAAUGCCUAUAGAAGUUUAUAGUGUCAAACCAUGUUUCUGAUGAGAUGCUGUCCUGGAGAGAUGCAUUUGCUCAACUUCUGCACUGACCAAGAAACUCUACAUUUGUUUGUAAAACUUCCACAUUGACUAACAAACUUUGCAUUUGCUUGCAAAACUUUUGCGCUCUUAAAGAAACGUUAUGGGCCCGUUGAAAAAAAUGCACUCCACAAGAAACUAGGUAUUUGUGCAAACAACCUUUGCUUUUCCUAAAAAAAAACUUUGUUUGUUUGCAAACCUUUUGUGUUUCUGGAGAAAGGUUUUCUAUUUGUACCCAAACGUGUCUUCGGUAACCCCAGGAAACCUGUUUACCUGCAAACCUUUGCAUUCCCUAAAGCAGGGAUGUCCAAACUCGGUCCUGGCAGGCCAGUGUCCUGCAUAGCUUAGCUCCAACUUUCUUCAACACGCAUGGCUGUUUCUCAAAUUCUCAAUGCAGAGAACUCGCGUUCUUGUGGAGACUGGUCUUGCCAAGUUACCUCAGAAAAACAAACUCUGGAGACCACGAGAACGCGUCCUGGGAAAUGAGACGCUGCGUUCUUCCUGACGGUCAUGUGACCUUCAUCCGAUUUUAUUGGAAAAUUGUCUAAACAUUACAGCAUUCAUAAAACGAGUUAAUGUUUUUCCUUUUUCACAAUGUAUACUAAUGCAUAAAUAUACACUCUGAACACAAUACAAAUAAAACUAAGUUUAAUACAAAUUUCAGCAAAUAAACACUCUUAAUGUGUUUAUGCCUUUAUAAAGAUGUUCAUCAUAUUGUUUACUUUCAGAAUCAUUAAGGUAAAUAAGGGAUAUCUCUGAACUUUGAUAAUAAAUCGAUAUAAAAUACA